GGACAUGGAGUCCCGCAGUGUGGAACUGAUUUUUGACCACGUGGGACACUUUGGCAAGUUCCAGAUAGCCCUGUAUCUUACCUGUGCCUACCAGAGCAUCUCCUGUGGCAUCCACUACCUGUCCUCCGUACUCAUGUCUGUUGUUCCCGAGCAUGCCUGCAAGCCCCCAGGCAGAGUGCGGAAGGCAACCUUCCACAACUUGUCUGCCUGGAAGUUGGAGGACAUACUGGCCCUGCAGUCCUCAGACCAGAAAGACCACAUUACGGUGCAGCUGCAGGACGGAGAGGUCUGGGAGCUCACAAGAUGUAGCAGGACCUGGAGGGGGAACACGUCGGAUUUGGGCUACAGGUACAGUGGCCAAAAGUUCAACAGCCCUUGCUCCGAUGGUUAUGCUUAUGACCAGAGCAAGUGGAGAAGCUCCAUGGUUAGAAGACUGAACCUGGUCUGUGACCAGAAAUGGUACGCAAAAGUGAUCCAGCCCUUUUUUAUGUUUGGCAUGCUGCUUGGAGCGGUUGUUUUUGGCUACCUUUCUGACAGGUUUGGAAGGCGAGUGGCUCUGUGGUGUACAAGUAUCGGUGUGUUUUUUUUUGGCAUAGCGUCAAUCUUUAUAUUUGAUUAUUUAAGCUUCAUGGUGAUACGCUUUUUCCUUGCCAUGGCCGCAAGUGGCUAUUAUGUCGUGGCCUUUGUCUACGUGAUGGAAUUCAUCGGCAAGAAGUCUCGCAUGUGGGCAUCCAUGCAUCUGCAUACCUUCUUUGCUAUUGGGGUAAUGUUGGUGGCUCUGGUAAGCUAUGUGGUGGACAACUGGUGGCUUUAUCAGCUCAUCCUGUGUGCACUGACUGUGCCUUUCAUCCUCUGCUGCUGGAUGCUGCCGGAGACCCCCCUCUGGCUGCUCUCAGAAGGGAGAUACAAGGAAGCGCAACAGGUCGUGGACACCAUGGCUGUGUGGAACAAUUCUAGCCCCUGUGACCUGGUAGAACUUUUAUCCCUGGACAUGAGUCGAUCCUGUGACAAAAGCAGGAAGGGCGUCAGGAAGCUCAGCCUAGUGGAUCUGUUCCACGAACUGGAUGUUGCCAAAAGGACUCUCAUCGUUUGGUUGGUUUGGCUCACAGCAAAUUUUGGAUACUACAUAUUUAGCAUAGAGGCUAUUCGGAAGAAAGAACAUGAGUACCUAUACCUCUUCCUAGUGGGUGCUAUGGAAAUCCCUGCCUAUUUCUUCACGUGCCUCUUGUUGGAGAGGGUGGGGAGAAGAAACACUAUGGUCUUCUGCCUUUUGCUUUCAUCCUUCGCCUGCGCUGUGCACUUGGCCAUACCCUGGAGUCACAAGACUUUGAAGUUAGUGGUGGUUUUGGUUGUCAAAACUGUUAUAGGAUCAACAUUUGCCUUCAUUUUCAUUUACACGGCAGAGCUGUACCCAACAAUUGUAAGGUGCUGGGCUGUGGGGAGCAGCAGUAUGGUGUCCCGAGUGGCAAGCAUCCUUAUCCCUCUCACGGGGCGUCUCACCAAAGUCUGGAUCAUCAUGCCACAGAUUUUAUUUGGGAUCCUGGCCAUAGUGAGCGGACUGCUGUCACUGAAGCUUCCAGAAACCAGCAACAAACCAUUGGCAUCUACUUGGGAGAGAACUCAAGAGCGAGUGGGGGGAAACGAGGGUGGUCCAGGCAGAGCCCCUCCCACAGUCGAGCAGGGUAGUCCGGAGUAAGCCCCUCCCACAGCUGAGAAUAGGAACGCAGAAAACAUGGGGGUGAUUGACCUGGGGGGGUCCUGGUGCUCUUCUGUGGCGCCCAGCACUUGGGAUGUGGCCAGGAGUGACUUUGUUCUGUUAAGAGAGGUGCUAUUCGGACCCCCCCCCCACACGUUACUUAUGUACCUGCAUAAAAAACAUCGAGAGGAAGUUUUAAACGAUUGUUUUGUAAAAGUCAGUGAAAU